AUGACUUGCGGCUCGCCCUUCCACGAGGUGGCCCUGGAGCGUGCUCUCGUCGAGAUGCAGCCCAAAAGCUACUUCGUGCAAGGGCCUCAGCGAGCUUGGGUGGUCGGACCUGGGCAGGACGUCCAGCACCCCUCUGGUGCAGCAAACCUAUGGUACCGAUUGGAUGGUGACAACUUGCGAUUCGGGCUGAACAGGGAUCUGGGCUUCAGCCCCAACGAUCGCAAGGAGAAUGUCCGACGAGUCUCGGAGGUGUCCAAGCUGUUUGCAGAGGCUGGGGCCAUCGUCAUCGCCGGCCUGAUCUCGCCCUAUGCUGCAGAUCGCGAGUAUGCACGCGAGGUCCACAAGAAUGCCUCCCUGCCCUUCAUGGAGGUCUUCGUGGAUGCACCGCUGGCAGCCGUCGAGAGUCGAGAUCCGAAGGGCCUCUACAAGAAGGCCCGUGAGGGCAAGAUCAAAGGCUUCACGGGCAUUGACGCCCCCUACGAGAAGCCCGUGAACCCAGAAGUGCACGUCAGAACUGACCAGCAUACAGUGGUUCAGUGCGUGAACGUGAUCUUGAAAAAGCUUGACGAGUUCGGCAUCCAUCUGCAGCAGACCUUUAGGAAGAUGGAUGAGCCGUCAGAAGAGUGCGCGGCGCAAGAGAAGUAG